AUAAACACUAAUGGCAUAUUAACAUUCAACAUCGAAUUUCCCGAAUAUAUCAAUCAACCAUUCCCACUGGAGUAUCCAUCGAUUGCGCCAUUCUACGCGAAUGUUGACACAACGCUGGCCUAUAAUAUUACUUCGAUAUCAGUAUUUAAAUCCGCUGAAGAACAACAGCUGCGAAGGGCAACCGAUUUAGUGAAAUAUGCAUUUCCAGAAAAAUCUGACUUCGCGGCGGAUAAACUGAUUGUGGCCACUUGGAAGAAUGUUGGUCACUUCAGUGCCAAGAAUGACAAGCUCAAUACCUUCCAGGCAGUUUUGAUCGUCAGUGAGGAAGACACAUUUGUACAAUUCAUUUACGAGCAUAACGGUAUUAAUUGGCUGCAAGGUGAGACAGGCUCGUUGGGCUUGCCCGAUAUACGCGCACAGGCCGGCUUUGUCGCCGAAGAUGGACGUUUCUAUUACAUCGACGGCUCCGGCACGGAUGGUGCACGUUUCGUCUUUACCGAAAACUCGAACAUCGGCGUACCGGGUGUUUGGCUCUUCCAUGUUGGCGCUUUGAAUGAAACAUCUAAUGUACAAGUGCCCGUUGAUGAGGAAGGUCUCAAUGCAGCACCACAAGCGGCCACCUGUGCUGAAAGUGGUCACAAAAUCUGCAGCUUCAAUUCGGACUGUUAUGAUAAAGCCAAUGGCUUUUGCUGUGUCUGCCGUGAAGGCUACUAUGGCAAUGGCAAGGCUUGUCUCAAAAACGAUUAUCCCAUACGCGUCACUGGCACAUUGGCUGGUGAAAUCAAUGGUCAGUUGAUCGACGAGCGCGCCAAGUUGCAGUCGUACGUUGUUACCGCCGAUGCGCGCAGUUACACCGCCAUCAAUCCGGUGAGUGCGGAGUUGGGCGCACAACUUCGCCUAGCCGUACCAGUUUUCAGCGCCAUUGGCUGGCUCUUCGCCAAGUCACUGAAGGGCGCCGCGAAUGGCUACCAUUUAACCGGUGGACACUUAGUGCAUGUGUCGAAGGUACGCUUCGAUACUGGUGAGACUUUGAUUGUGAAUCAGACAUUCGAGGGACUCAACUAUUGGGAUCAGCUGUCUGUGAAGCUCGAGCUCUUCGGCGAUGUGCCGCGCAUAAGUGGCAAUGCGAAGUUGCAUUUGGCCGACUAUGUGGAUGAGUACAAGUAUGUGUCGGCUAAUGAGUUGCAUUCCGUGCAUGCGCAUGUGAUUGAGAUACCCGAAGAGAAUCGUGUAAUAAACUUGCAACUCGAUCAGACGAUUUACUUUGAACGCUGUGUGCUCGAUCAUGAAGAGUCACCGACGGGCACGAGUGUAUUGCAAAAGGCAUCAAAGAUUGUGUUGGAUUACUUUGAGCGUGAUCAGGCUUUGCGUACCAGUGUGUUGACCAAGAUUGGCGUGGAUGCCGAAUCGAAUGCCUGUACUGAUGGUAGCGCAAGCUGUGGCGAAAAUACAGUGUGUGUGCCGUAUGAAGACACCUAUCGCUGUGAUUGUCGGCACGGUUAUGGACCGCAGUUGCAGGAAGAUGGCUUGGAGGUGUGUUUGGAUAUUGACGAGUGUCUGCUGCAAACGCAUGUCUGCGACGAAAAUGCGCUGUGUACCAAUAACGAGGGUGGUUUCACUUGUGUAUGCUUUGAGGGAUUCGAGGGCAAUGGCUAUCGCUGUCUGCGAAAUGAUACCACAGUUGGGGAGCAGGAGGCAUAUACGCCGGAUUAUAUCAUUAGCAGUAACUAUCAGGAUGAGUGUCAGCGUUGUUCACACGAUGCCGAUUGUGUUGAGAGCCAUUGUCAGUGUCGUAGCGGUUUCGAGGGUGAUGGCUAUGUUUGCCAUCAAAUUUGUGGUCAUGAUCAAGUUUUGGAAAACGGACGCUGUGUGUCGGUUUUGUUGGAUGAACAUCAAAUUGAACCUCAUUGCAACUUUUUGGGUGACUGCACCUGUCCGGACGGUUAUGAAUUGAUCGAGGAAACCCAAAUGUGUCGUUAUAGUUCCGAGGAGUUGGGUAAGUAUUUUAGUGGAGCAAGAGGUGAAAAAGUUUGUUGUUAAUAUUGAGAGCGGAGAAGGAAUGCGUGAAAUGCGCUUUUAUUCUGUGAAGGCGCAAUUGAGAAAGACUAAGUCCUACUAUCGCGAAUUAAACCGGAAUAUAUACGGUGGUUGUAAGAUCCU